AGUAAUGCCAAUCAGUGCCACCUAUUAGUGCAAGUCAGUGCCGCCUAUCAGUGCCAUCAGUGCCACCUAUCAGUGCCAGUCAGUGCCGCCUAUCAGUACCAUAUAUGAGUGCUGCCUUUUAGUGCCCAUCAGUGAUGCCUGUCAAUGCCCAUCAGUGCCACCUACCAAUGCCUCCUCAUCAGGACCCCUUCAGUGCCACCUAUCAGUGUCCAUCAGUGCAGCCUAUCAGUGCCCAUCACUGCAGCCUCAUUAGCGCACAUCAGUGAAGGAGAAAAAUCACUUGUUUACAAAAAAUUUUAU